AUGACUUUUCCUCUCCUCAACGAUUUGCCCUCCAGAAACACAACCAGCCCAUCCAACACCUGCAGAGCAAACCUCAAGAUGUUCGCCUCUGUCAACACGCUUGCCAUCGGGCUCUUCGCCCUCACCACCUCCUUGACCAGCGCUCAAGGAGGCCCGGGCUUCGAGAAAUUCCACGACUUUUCCAAGACCUGCACCAACAUCACCCUUGAUGGUUACGGUCUUUCAGCUGACUGCACACCCCUUGACCCCUCCAAGCCUUUGGUCAAAAACCCCGUUACCGUGCUGGACUUCUGCGUUGGUUUCAACGACAUCACUAUGAAGCUCGCGGCCUCCAUAUAUGGCAAGCUCAGCAGAGACUGCGACAAGUGCAUCCUGACUGCCGAUCCUGGGGCUAUUCUGCAGUGCGAGUGCGAGUUCUGGGACACGAACGAGGAGAAGUACGCGAUCAAGAAUGUGACAGGGGAUCUGGACACUGUCUUCACCAACUAUGACGGUACUAUGUCAUGCGUCGGGACUGAAACAGAGAGCACACCCGACGACUGGACCACUACUCUUACACCCACCGCCUUCCCCACGACUUUUGCUACCUCGACUACUGAAAUCAGCACCCAGUCGAAAUGA